UAAAAAUCUCUCGUCAAUCCUCAUAGCCACUAGAAAAGCAAGGCAGGGCGGUUGAGAGACUAAACAAAAAGGGUGAUUCUCUCUCCUCUGUUUCAUCAGUUGCAGAGAGAGAUAGAGAGAGAGAGAGAGAAACCCUAAUUACAGAUCAGAUGGUCUCAGGUUCAGCUAAGUCGGUCUUCCUUCUUCUUCCUCUUGCUCUUGUUGUGGCGAGGUCGAUGGGGCCAGCCAUGGCUGUAGUGUACUUCUCCGCACUUCCCAGGAGUCUUAUAGUCUCUGCCUCUCCAAAGCCGGGCCAAGUGCUGAAAGCUGGUGUGGACAACAUCACCAUAACAUGGUCCCUAAACCCAGCCCUCCAGCCGCCCGCCGCCGCCGCCGUGAAGGUGAAGCUCCGACUGUGCUACGCGCCGAACAGCCAGACCGACAGACGGUGGCGAAGGACGGCUGACGAUUUGAAGAAGGACAAGACCUGUCCGUUCGCCAUUACGGAACAGCCUUACACCGAAGACAACUCAACCUUCGUCUACAACGUGCAGCGCAACAUACCCACGGCGACCUACUUCGUCAGAGUCUACGCCAUUGACUCUUACGGUGCCGAGGUGGCGUACGGUGAGACCGCCGAUGCGGUGAAGACGGCGGGCGUGUUCGAUGUUGUCGGAAUCAGCGGCCGGUAUGUGUCGCUGGAGGUUGCGGCGGCCUGCUUCUCGGCUUUCGCCGUGGGUUCGCUUGUUUUCUUCCUUGCGGUUGAGAGGAAGAAGGUUAAGAAACUGCGUGGGAGAUGAGUUGAAAUUUAAAGGAAAAUUUCAUAUGCAGCCUAAAGUUUCAUUUUUGCACAAAUAACCCUUUGCCUGGAUAUGAAAAACAUGAAUUUUACCAUUAAAUGAUGAUGAU